AUGAGGAUUAACUUCUACAAUUAAGGUUACUUGAACUUUAUAUCAAACGGAAAAACAUAGAUAUAACAUUAAAGUGAAAGUAAUAUACCAACAGAGGUUUCACUAUUCAACUCUUGCUUUGAGUAGCUAGGGAGUGCAAACAGCAUAAUAAACUCCUUGUAUUUCAUUGUUUUCAGUAUAUUGGGAGCAUCUACAAAGGAAACAUUCUCAUAAAUCCUUCAGGAUUCAGCGCCAAAAACAACUAUGGAAUUCCCAUCGACUGAGAGAAAAAUGAAUCAGCAAGACACACUAGUUACAUCAUCUUCUGCUAUUCUUUCUUAACAUAUUGCUGAUUAAGCGUGGUGUCUCUAUUUCAAAAACAACUUUUUGAUGUAUUGCAAUCAAAAGCAAGUUCAUUAAUGCAUUGAAAAUCACCAAGGAUAAAGCGAAAAUAAUACACCAUUCACAGAGGAUAAUAAUGCCACCAGGAUCCAUCUGAUCCAGUUUGUAUGUUCCAUCAGUUUGAGAAAUUCGACAAGAUUUCAUGAAAUUGACUAGCUCACACAGCUUAUGCCUUGA